CCACAGUGACCCAGACAAGGCCAACAUAUCAGAGGUACAAGCAGAUAGACAGAUCAACAGUCCCAUCAUUGGAGCAACAGUUAGAAACAACUCUAUCUGGAAAUCACCUGAAGGAGAUGUUGCAAGGAUGAAGCUGCAACACAUCUACCUCGGAGACAGGUACAACCUUGGGUCUGCCACCUGCGUAUGGUGGAACAACAGCAUCAAUGGCUGGUCUACCGAGGGCUGCUGGCUGGAGGAGCAGACCGACCACUACACCAUCUGUGUCUGCGAUCACCUCACCAACCUCGCCGUCAUGAUGGAUAUCUAUGGCGUCCUUGAUAGUCAUUUACACGUGUACCUUCACUGGAUAACUGUCAUUGGGUGUUCCGUCUCUGUCAUCUGUCUGCUGUUGACUCUCAUCUGCUUGUCACUGGCUCUCACCUCAGCCAAGGUAACACAAAUUUAUUCACUACUUCUGCAUAAAAAAUUAAAUGAAAGUAAAAAUGUGUUAUAUAGAGAUGUUGUAUGAAAAUUAUAUUAAUGUAAAAACAGCUAUAUUAUUUUAAACUAACCUUUAAGGAUCAAAAUGUGUUUGAGGCUAACACUGUUGGCAGUGUGCUUUCAUCCUGUUUUCCCCACCUAACUGCAAAUUGAGAGGUCGCACUUCAGCCCUCUUCUCCUCCUUAUAACUUGGUUCACUGUGUCUGUUUUUAUUAAAAUUUGUCUCUUGAGUCUGUCUCUACAAUCUCUCUGCUUAGCUAGUUUCAUAUCCUCGCAUCUACUACGUUGCAAACUCUUUACCUAGUUAUUACUACUUAAAGAA